ACAGCUAAUAUAAAUGUAAUUAUAUUUUCACGAAAAGUCGCAUUUGUAUUCCAUUUCUGAUUACCACGUGGAUUCAAAAGCAAACGAAAGUCGUCCGUGCGUAAAAUGGGCCUAACACGAACCCUGUGCGGCCGCUGAGUGACGUAGGACGGGAGGAGGCGUGGCUAACGGCGGGGAUAUCAACAGGGAAUCGAUGAAAGGAACGGUUCGGUUCAUUCAGUUUCCACGUUGGCUCGGAAAGGGAAGCAGGGCAAACACGGAGCAUGAAGACUGUACCGUCACCCGAGACUCCGGGACACAAAUCCAGGAGGAAGGCGUCCAAACCCAUGAUGGAGAAACGCAGACGGGAGCGAAUCAACAGCAGCCUGGAAGCCUUACGGCUACUGAUGCUGGAAAACACGCGGAACGAGAAGCUGAGGAACCCGAAGGUGGAGAAGGCAGAGAUCCUGGAGAGCGUCGUCGACUUCCUGAAGAAGGAGAAGGACCACCGGGCCGCGAGGAAGGCGUCUCCCGAGGAGCAGGGGCCCGCCGGCGGCCCCCAUCGCAGCUACCACGACGGCAUGAGGUCCUGCCUGCUGCGGGUCAGCCAGUUCAUCGCCUCCAAGAGCCUGGAGCUGGAGGAGGCCAACGCGCUGCAGGCCUCGCUGAAGCUCUCGGGGCCUCUGACGGCGGUGGUCGCCCCCGGUGACGUCCCCGCCGCACUCUCCCCUCAGCGUCUCGUCUCGCAGGGGUCCGAAACCAGGCAGACGCUCUCCUCCGCAUCAGUGCCCGACCCGGUCUGGAGACCCUGGCCUAAAUGACGGACACGUUGACAGAUUUGUACAGCAUGGACACUUUUUUUUUUGCACAGAUCUUCUUUAGUUUUCACAUAUUUCCCCUUUUUUUUUUUACAUACCUAUAUAAACCCAGGACGCACCGAUCCACUUUUUGUCACUUCCGACACCGAAACCUGAGGCUUAGUGUCGGCCGACACCGAUCCAACGCGCAGAAAGCAGAGCUGAACGUACCGGAUUCCAAAAUGCAUCUGAUGAGUCGGCGCCAGCACACGGCACGCUUCCACAGCUUCACGAGUUUGGUCAGGCGUGUGAAAACGACAAAACUUUCAUUUGUUCAGUACUUUCAGUUCGGAGCAGAACAGCCCAUUUAAAAUGAGUAACAAAGAAACUGACAAAAAAAAAACAAAAGGUCGACUAUUUUGGUCAAACGUGUGGAAAAAAUCAAAUGGAAUCAGGAAUUCUAAACAUGUUGUACACAGCAUAGAAUUAGACUGCGUAGAUCUGCCUUGAUGGAUCGCAUUGUCACCAAUACCUGAUCUAGAUUGUUUUUCCAAUAUCAUGACCAAUGCAGAUAUUAAUGUCAGUGAAUUUCUAAUGUGAAUUUUUCAAGCUGUUGUUUUAUUCUGCAUGCGUUAUCUCCUUGCUCCUUCCACGUCUCUCUACUCUCCGUAGCUCACCGGGUGGUGGUGUGUUGUCGCUUUGCUCUUGCACACAGACACACACACACACACAUCGGCAGGAUCGUCCUCCGUUCAGCGCAGUUUCCUGGCCCUUCCUCCAGAGGGGCCUCUUGAAGGUUCCUGCAGCUGCACUUUGGAGAAGCCUCCAGAGGAACAUUAACACAUACUCCAUCCAGAUUGGACAGCAGUUAUGACGCCUAUUGACAUGUAGAUGGGAGAGCCGCCGUCUCUACAUGGUGUUCGGACGACUUUUUUUCACAUGUAGAGUGGGAGAGGAUUGCUGUGAUUGGCGCGUGUUCAGAGAGCAGACCGCUUCGGCAGCGUCUAAUCCACAGCAGGGCGUAAACCCCGCGAGGUCGUCUCGCAGUGAAACUCACACUCUCUCUUUCUUUUUUCCUUGUCAAAUAAAAAUACAACAAAUACAAACAAAGUUUGUCCUGUUAAUGUCUGUCUAGGAGCACAUGACCUGGAAUCAGUGCUGGCAAGUAAACUAAUAUAUCAUUCCUAAGCUAGCGACUUGUGUCACUUUUUGCCAAAAAUUAUUUUUUUUCCUAAAUCAUCUUUUGGCAAAGAAAAGUGACACAGGCCAUAAUUUGAUUAGAUUUUUGCCAUAUCUCACUGAGCUUUUACUCAACUACAAUGUUUAAACUUCUUAAACAUUUCAGUCGUGCAACAAAGAUUAAUAUUAUGCUUAAUUGGAAUCUUUCAUUAUUAUUUUGUAACUGGUUUAUAGCUAUUUUAUGUGAUUCAAAGCAGCAAUGCACACUUGUGAACUGGAAGGAAAAUGAUUAAAAUAUGAAAAGUGUUUGUUUUUUAUAAGGAGGUAGCCAGCCCAGCCCAAUAAGC